AUGGCGCCUGCCGCGACAGCGCGUGCGUGGCUCGCGUCCGCUCUGCUCGUCUGCUCCUUGGCCUCGGCCGGAGCGCGGACGCAGCGCGACAUCGCCAAGAAGACUGCUCAGAUGACCGAGGAGGACUGGCGCCGCGUCGAGGAGGAGUGGGAGACGCCCGAGGAGAGCGCGAGCGACGGCCCUGCUGCCCCGCCGCAGGAGAAGGAGGAGUACGAGUUCAAGCCGCCAAAGGCGCGCGGUCUGGACGUGGAGAAGCUGCAGCGCGAGAAGGACCCGAAGAAGCGGCAGCGAAUGGUCGAGGACUCGCAAAAGACGACAGGGCCGACGAUGAUCUUUGCGACGGUCGACUACCCCGGCUGCUGCGAGGAUAAGACCGGCACUGAGGAGAUUGCAAAACGGUGGAAUGCGCUGCUGGGCUCAAAGGGGAUGGAUGCGCAGGCGUACGUCGUCGACAACGCGACGAUCCUCUUCUCGACCAACCAUGGCCUGUUCGCCGACGAGAUUGUCGAGUUUGCGCUCGAGCAGCCGGAGUGUGUCGCCACCGACUGGAACAGCAAGCGCUCGGGCGGUUGGUCGGGCGUGCCCAGCGGCCUGUCCUCUCGCUGA